UUAUUGGCCGUAUGUAUGCACGCGAAGCAAUAUCUAGGUACUCAAUUGCCAGAGCCAGAGCGUUACAACCGAUCGCGUUCAAAUCGUAUCGUCCGUCAGUCGCUAUGAGCACGUGCAACAGGUAAAACGCUCCUAAACAGUUUUCCUCCAGCGAUGGAACGGUUUUAGCACGAACGAUCGUCGAAGUUAAUUAGUCGGAAACGCAGCAAUUUCCAAUUGCGGAUAUCAUUUUGACAAAUCAUUUUUUGGAAAUUCAGAUGUGUAGUGUGGUAGUUUAACUCAACGUUGACCGUUUAGGUUGGCUCACCAAACAGCAGCAAUUAUCAAUGAACUGUUGAACUGUAUGCUACCGGAGCAGUUGAAUAGUGAUCAAACGAACGGAAUGCCUGCCGAGGAAGAGUUCGAACUGACGACAAAGCCGCUACUCAAUUUUGUGCCAUCGACAUUGAAGUUUUGCAAUGUUUACUACACGGUUGACGGGAAGGAAAUUCUCAGCGAUGUGUCGGGGAAGUUCAAACAUGGACGGCUGGUGGCUUUGAUGGGACCUUCCGGAGCGGGGAAGUCGUCGCUGUUGAAUGUGCUGGCCGGAAUGAAUCUGUUCGGGCUGAGUGGAUCGAUUAUAAUUGGAGAUGAGCCGGUCGAAGAGAACGAUCCUCGAAGUGUCUACGUAGAGCAGGAUUGCCCUCUACUGAGCUAUUUGACAGUGCGUGGAACGAUGACUUACGCGGUUGAUAUGAAGAUGCCCCGAAGUACAUCUAGGAAGGAAAAGAGAAAUAAGAUCAAAGAAAUUCUCCAGCUGUUAGGUUUGGAGAACAGCUCAUCAACCUUGGUGAAGAACUUGUCUGGAGGAGAGCAGAAGAGGCUAUCGGUAGCGGUAGAGUUGAUCACGAAUCCAGCGGUAAUGUUGUUGGAUGAACCUACCAGUGGGCUUGACAGUGUAGCUUCGACGCAGAUCAUAUCCCACUUGAAAUCGUUGGCCAUGGGAGGACGCACAAUCGUUUGCACUAUUCAUCAACCCGCGUCCAGUUUGUUCCAGUUAUUCGAUGACGUCUAUUUGCUGGUCAAAGGACGUUGCGUCUACUUCGGCUCAAUCGAAGGUAUGGUUCCAACGCUGGAGUCAGCAGGUUUUCAUUGUCCAGAGUACUACAAUCCAGCGGACUUUGCAAUCGAAGUUCUUACCUCAGGAGACGACGCAUCGAAGGAAACGAUGAUCGCUCGUACGAGAGCAGAAAUGCGCGAUCUGUUCGAAGGUGGACCAUCAAGCCCAACAAUGAACCGACCGGAUGUGGUUGUAAGGCGCUACCAAGUGCCUUUUUGGUAUCAGUUUUUGGUAUUGCUCAAAAGAUCAGCGAUCUCUACUGCUAAGGAUGAGUUCUUCCUAAAAGUACGAGUCGGACUGUACUUAGCCCUAGGAAUAGUGUUCGGCGUAGUUCAUUACAACAUAGGAAACGACGCCAGUAAAGUGAUCGCCAAUGUCAGUUGCUACUUCCAAAUCUUUGCGAUCGUUUACUUUUGCAACGCCAUGGCUGUGAUAAAUUAUACUGAAGAAGCAAACGUCACCAUCAAGGAAAUCGCCAACAAUUGGUAUUCUCGUGAGGCGUACUUCCUGGCCAAACUGCUGAAUGAUCUCCCGCUCCAAAUCAUCUGCCCUAUUCUUAUGCUUCCCUCACUGUACUACCUCUCCGAUCAGCCCCUGGAACCGAAUCGUUUCGCCAUGGUUUGGUUGAUGGUUUUCUUCGGUGGAAUCAUCGGCCAGUACAUUGGAGUGUUCGCAGGAGUUUGUUUCAAUCAGAAAACGCAAAAUUUCGUCGUUGCGAAUGCCUGCAUUGUUCCAUUGCUAUUUUCCGGAUUUUUCGUCAAUUCCAAAGAUUUGGUGCCGUAUCUGAAGCCGAUGAGCGAUGUGUCAUUUUUCCAGUAUCUUUUUCAUGGGGCGAUGCAGGCCGUGUACGGAUACGGCCGGGAGAAUCUCAAGUGCCAGCAGAUUUAUUGCCACUACAAGAAACCGGCCAGUAUUUUGGAGCAGUUCGACAUCGAUCCGUACGGGUUUGGGAGAAAUGCUGCGAUUCUUGGCGGUAUUAUAAGUAUUUUAUUGGUAACUAUUUAUGUCGCUUUCGUUGUUAGGUUAAGGCGUUUUAAGUGAAAUAAGUAAUGCUAUUAUAAUA